UGUGAGAUGAACCAUGCAAUUUUAGGAGGGUGCUUUCCAUCUAUGUUGCUCGGACUCUUCAAAAUUGUCAUCGGGUGCACGCCGGAUCCUUCAAAAAUAGUGCAUUUUUGAAGGAUCCGACACAGGACGUGUCUGAAGUCUGCCUGUCAAGCUGAUGUAUAUUAGUUCUCUGUAGACGCUGCUCGACUGUUGAAUUACACACUACAUUAACGUUGGCCUCAACCGCUGCAUCGCAUAUGAGGUUAUUGUUUUGUAGUAUUUUGCUACUUUGGGUUUUAAGUGGGAUUAGUUCUCUUUAGCCAUCAUAUCAGUGUGAUUUGCAAGAUGAAUGGCUUAAUCUAUCUGGAGGUGCGUCUGCGGAAUUGAUAAUUUUCAGUUUAAUAUAUCCAAAGAGUAUUCUUACGAAGGGAUUUAUUUAUGUUUCCUUGGAGGUUCUGUCGUUUUAUGCUAAAUAUCAACAAUUAAGGUGCCAGUGACUGGAGGUGCUUUAUUCUAUGAUGUCACUUUUAUGUGAUUCUAUUCUCGUGCAGAUCUUGAACCCGAGACUCCUGUACUCUUCUCGGGGUAGAUAGAUUUUCAGUGUUUUCGUGUUUUUACCAGUUAAAUUGAUGUCAAAGUAAGCAUUUUGGUGUUUUAUUCACUCGCUGAGUUAAUGGUCAAGACAUCGUAUAUUUCUACUGUUACAUGAGGUUGUUCCUUGGAAUAAGCAAUUAUUUCGUCGUGUGAAGAAGUUUGUCCGGAAAUGCUGGUUUCUUGUUAGUUUGAACGAUCAUUAAACUUCAAGAAUGGAUGUUCCGGUUAAGAAACCUCAGGAUAAUGGACAGAAAGCCGUAAUCAGUGAUGACCUUUUGGCUAAGAGGCUAAAAAACCGGGAGCGUCAACGUAGAUACAGAGAAAGGAAACGUCUUAAAGCUGAUGCAAUGAAGGUGUUGGGCACAAACCAACUAGCUUCAUUGCCGGUGGAGGUGCCUGUGAUUGUUGCUUCUCAGGAUAGUGCACAGCCAGUGAAUGUUGCUCCGCUGGACUCUUCGGUUUCAGUAGAAGUCACUCCGCUGGACUCUUCGGUGCCAGUGAAUGUUGCUCCUCUGGACUCUUCGAUUCCAGUAAAGGUUGCUACUCUGGACUCUUCAAUGCCAGUAAAUGUUGGUCCCCGGGCAUAUGUAAUGCCAGUGGAUGUUGCUUCCGGAGAAUGUGUGAUGCCAGUGCGCGCAGCUCCCCGGAACGCAGUCACCCGUGUUUACUCCGCGCGGAAUUGGAAAAGAGAUGCCCGAAAUGCCCAUACAGUGAAACAGAACGAAGUUAGUACUAAUGGUACGGUCUCACCAAAUUUAGCUUCAACUGGUGGAAGUCAAGCACCUGCUUUACCCCGCAUUGAACUGUCAGAUGUCGCGUUGAGUAAUGUAAUUUCUUCACGUGUGACUGCAUUGGAAAAUAAUGGAACACCCAAAUCUAUUCCAAGCAGGAGAAAUUGGAAAGCAGAAGCUAGAAAUAAGAAGAGCUGAAAUCGUCGACAAUAAGUCAUGGUCAAGUACGUCACAGAAUAUUAUCAGUUGUUAUCAGCCUCAUUGUAAUAUCAUUAUACACAACAUUGGAAGGACUGAUGAACUUUGGAUGAUACUAUAUCGGAUGCCCGCCUUACACAGCUCUUAUUAUUUUUCUGGUUUCUGUUCAAUCGACUGAGAAGAUCGUGAGCUGCAGGACAGUUUUGUUGCUCAUGUCCAGGCUAUAUCAGGUCAGAAAUUACGUUGCUACAACUUAAGUGAUUGUGACUCAACUUUCUUCCGACGAAAUGAAUCUUUCAUAUGUUUUUCUGUACAUAUCUGUUGUACGUGGAUUACACCACUUGCGGGAUUACACUGGGUAUGUUGUUGUUGUUUGUAUCGGUUGUAUGUGGAUCGAUCAUCGCUAGUCCGAUUUGUUAUUCAAGAAACUAUCCUUCAAAAUUUAUUGCUUUCUUUGUUUAUGUGUUCCAA